UUAUUUUAUUGCUUAAGAUAUAUAAUUUCCUUAAUAACUCAUCAGAUCAACACAUUAUUAUAUAUAGUAUAAGAUCAAUACAGAUUUUUUUAAUUUUUUUUUUAUAAAGUAAUGAACAUUAGCUAUCUAAUAAUUAAAGUGACAUUUUGAAUCUCAUCAUCCUUCAUUGAACUGUGAUAUGCUCCAUAAAAUCAUACCUAUGGAAUUUUACACAAUAUUACUCCUUUUGCUGCCCUUCACCAUCUUUCUAGCAUUCUUCCUCUCAAAACACACUAGAUCCAAACUUUCUUGGCCUCCGGGACCAAAAUCAUGGCCUAUAAUAGGCAAUAUUCUCCAACUCGGCGACAAGCCUCAUCGUGCUAUCGCUGAGCUCUCCAAAAUUUACGGCCCUAUAAUGUCUCUCAAACUCGGGAGCAACAGAGUAAUAGUGAUAUCAUCCUCGAAAGUAGCCAAAGAAAUGUUCACUAAACAUGAUUUAGUCCUUUCUAGUAGGAGUAUCCCUGAUAUUGGGAGGGUGUUAAACCAUGAUACUUUCUCAAUGGUUUGGCUCCCUGUAUGCCCCAAAUGGCGAAACCUUAGGAAGAUCGUAACCAUUCAAUUAUUUACGAGUCAACGGCUCGAUGACAGCCAAGUUAUAAGGCAAAAAAAAGUCAACGAGUUGGUUGAGUAUGUGCAACAACGUUGUGAAGAUAGCCUGCCUGUUGAUAUUGGUAAGGCAGGAAAUACUACCUCUCUAAAUUUGUUGUCGAACACGUUUUUCUCGAUCGAUUUGGCUAGCCAUAGUGGUUCGAAAUCGCAAGAGUUUCGAGAUCUGACUCGGAAUAUAGUAGAAGACGCUGCAAGGCCUAAUGUGUCCGAUCUAUUUCCAAUCGUUAGGCGUUGGGAUAUACAAGGUGUGUUGAAGAAGCAUGCAGUUUACUUUCGAAAGUUGAUGAGGAUUUUUGAGAAAAUUAUUGAUGAAAGAUUGAAAGAUUCAAUGGAUGUUAAGGAUGAUGUUCUAGGCACUCUACUCAAGCUUGUUGAGAACAAUGAAUUAAGCCUUGAUGAAGUCAAACAUAUGCUUGUGGAUUUAUUUAUAGCUGGAACAGAUACAACCUCUAUCACAUUAGAGUGGGCAAUGACAGAAUUAUUGCGAAAUCCAACAAAGAUGGAAAAGGCUAAAAGUGAGCUGGAUGAUGUACUUGGCAAGAAAGGAUCAAUGCAAGAAUCAUAUAUUUCAAAUCUACCAUAUAUUCAAGCAGUAUUGAAAGAAACAUUAAGAUUGCAUCCACCGGUCCCACUAUUAAUACCUCACAAGGCUAUAAAAGAAGUACAACUAUGUGACUAUUUAGUUCCAAAAAAUUCAACUUUAUGGGUUAAUGUAUGGUGGAUAAGUCACGAUCCAAGUGUAUGGCCAAAUCCUGAAUGUUUUUCACCUGAAAGGUUUUUAGAGAAAGAAAUUGAUGCUAAGGGACAAGACUUCGAGUUCAUACCAUUUGGAGCGGGAAGAAGGAUGUGUCCAGGAAUACCAUUAGCUUAUAGGAUGUUGCAUCUAAUGUUGGCUACACUAAUACAUUCAUUCAAUUGGAAGUAUGGUAAUGGAGAACAUCCAGAAGAUUUAGAUAUGAAAGAAAAGUUUGGAAUGACGCUUCAAAAAGCUCAUCCACUUGAAGCUAUUCCUUUUCUCAAGUGAUCAUCUCAUAAAUUUAAAUUUUGUGACAAUGCCAUGUUUUUUGGCAUCAUUUAUCAUAUCAUGAGGGCCAUGUGGCGUAUGUACCGUAGUAAUAAAGUUGAUAGAAAUGUUUAGAGCUAAAUAAUGGGAUAAAGAUUCGUAUUUUAAUUGUGUGCAAACACUGAACUAAAUAGUAAAUUAAAUAUGUACUUCGUACCAUACUAUUUUUA